UACACUAUGCAACGAGAAAAAUCAAAAACAUUUUGUCUCAGUUUGUGCAGGUUUUGUGACAAUCGCAGCAUACUGUUAUUUAUUUAGUUGUAAAUGUUGUAUUGAGACAUUUUUCAAUUUUCUGAUGGCAGUUUUAAUAUAGUAUUGUCGAUACCAAAUCAUAAUAUUAAUUAAUUUGGCUGCUGCAGUGUUUCGUGGAACAAUUACGGCUAAGUGUUAAUGCGUUAACCGUCCAAGACCGUCUUUAAAGGUGACUGUAAGAAUUUUACUUGAAUUUGUAUUUACUACAUCAACGUUUUUAAGCAAAAACGCACGCACAUUUUAAUAUAUGAUAUUAUAUGAAGGUGUCCCCGWGCUAAAACCAGCGUUGACAACAUAUUUAAUUCCAACCCGACCAGUGUUAUAAAUCUAUUUGGAGGAGGCCAAGAACGUACUAUAAUGGGACAAUUUCCCUUGCCCCACGCAGUUACCGACAUACGAUGUGGCGACGACUUGGGAACAAAAGUCACGUAUGGCAGAAAGGCUACCAUUGCUCAGCUACUAGCUACGAUUGUACAGAGUUUAUUACUGGUAAACGUAGGAAUGGAGUUGGCGAUGGCUACGGUAGUAAUCGGUUCACUUUACAAAAAUCCAAAAGCCGAAUUCUUACUGUCUGAUUCCGAGUCGUCUUGGUACGGAAGUAUACUCUAUUUGUGUCAACCUAUCGGGAGUAUUCUUUCCGGGUACGCGCAGAAACACUUCGGUAAGAAGUCUUGCGUGGUUCUGGCUUGCGUACCAAGCAUAUUCGGUUGGAUACUGCUGUGGUAUGCAAACUCGGUUACCAUGUUGUACUGGUCAACCAUAACGAUGGGAAUGGGCUUGGGCUUCAACGACGGCCCGGCGUAUUCGUACAUCGGAGAGAUUUGCGAACCCAGACUUCGAGGAAUCAUGGCGUGCGUGAUAAACAUGGCCUGUCUGAUCGGCGUCUUGUCCAGCUUCGGAUUGAGUUACGUUUUCCACUGGAAGACUGUGGCCGCGAUGAGCGCACUGUGCCCGGUCAUGUGUCUGACGUUCGUGGCAUUUAUACCGGAAAGCCCGAUUUGGUUGCUGUCCAAAGGCAAAAACGAAAAGGCCAUGAACGCAAUUUGUUGGCUGAGAGGAUGGGUUGAUCCGUGCGUCGUCGCUACUGAGUACCAAGAACUGAUGUUUUAUUACAAGACGUCUGUCGAUCAAUCAAAAAAGAUAAGAGAUUCAAAAGGGCUGUUUUCGUCGUUUUUGUGGRUCAAGAGCCCUUCGGUAUACCGACCAUUACGAUUGGCCACCGUUUACUACAUAUUCACGUUGAUUUCGUGUCUGACGCCCUGCCGUCCUUACAUCGUCAAAUUAAUGUACGAAUCGGGAGUGAAAGAUACUCACAGCAUAUCUUUAGUGCUUUUUGGAUUUAUGCAAUUGGCCGGAAGUGUGGGUCUCACUUUAACGGUGCGGAAAUUAGGCAAACGAAUGUUGACUUUAUCAACAUUAUCCAUAAACACACUGGCAAUAUUCAUGUUCGCUAUAUACUUCGUGUCUAUCAAUUCUAAAUUGAUUAGCUCCGAUCCCUACGUGCCAAUGGUCCUCUACUCGAUCAUCAUGUUCUCUGGAGCUAUGGGCAUGUUGACCGUGCCUUGGACGUUGGUCAGCGAGAUAUAUCCUAACGAAGCCAAAGGAUUCGCAUCUAGUCUGACCACUGCAAUUUUUUACAUCCUAACGUUUUCGGCGACCAAAGUGUAUUUAAGCGUGGAAAACGCUUUGGGCCUAAACAAUACCUUCUUCAUGAUGGCAGUUUUCAGUUUUGUCGGGUUCAUAUACCUUUACAGAAAUAUGCCGGAGACCGAGAACAAAACUUUUAUGGAAAUUGAAGAAUUUUUUGUACCAAAAAAUGAGCAAACUUCAACCGAGCUGUUACCACGGACCGUAUAAUGAUGUACAAUGUACAUAUAUAUUUAUUUUUAUAAGUGCACAUAAACGGUUUAGUAUUAAAAAGUUACCUGUCCAAGGACGUAUACACAAAUUUGAACUAUUACAUGCUGAUUGUGCCAUUACCCURCGUCACAGUUAUUCAAUGAUAUUUUUUAUAGAAUUUGUAUUGUUAAAUUAUUAUAAAAACACCAGAUUCUAUAAAUACAUGUUUCAUGUACACAAUAAUACGCGAUGAAUAAGAACGUUAACUAUUUUGAUAUGUAAAAUGAUUCAAUUUCCUUGAAUUGUGUUUGAACACACCUUUCAUUAAAUUUUAACAUUCGUUUAUAUUAUAAUUUAUUAUAGGUUAUAUAUAAUAUAUUCCACGUUAGAACUUGUGAUAGUUAUUAUUUUUGAAAGUGACUUGUUAUAACAUAAUAUUAUUAUGUUUCACCUUGUAUUUAGUGAAGUUUGAACAAAAGUAAUUGUGUUAUUUAAUAUUCAAACCACACGUUAAUAUUAUAUAAUCAACUAMAAUCCACUUCUUGAAUUUCUUUGCUCACAAAAUUUACUAAAAUCGACCAUUUUAGGAACAAACGUAUUAUCCAAUACAAAUAUAAAUUUACUUUUUAUACCGGAAAUAUUAUAUAGU